UCCUCUUCCUCGCGCGGAUAGUCGAGUUUUUUCUGGUCAGUUUUAUUGCAGCUUCUCAAUUCCUGCUGACUUCUCUCCAAAGAUGGCAGCCGCACGAGGAACGCUUGAAGUUCUUCUCGUUAGUGCCAAAGGCCUCGAGAACACCGAUUUUCUCUCUAAUAUGGAUCCCUAUGUCAUUCUCACUUGCCGGUCCCAGGAACAAAGAAGCAGUGUAGCAUCAGGUCAAGGAUCUGAACCAAAAUGGAAUGAGAGCUUUGUUUUCACAAUCAAUGAUGGUGCUUCAGAACUCAGUCUGAAGAUAAUGGAUAAAGAUACUUUCACCAAGGAUGAAUUUGUUGGAGAAGCGACCAUUCCUUUAGAGCCAUUGUUCAUCCAAGGAAGCCUCCCAUCAACUGCAUACAGUAUUGUCAAGGAUCAGGAAUAUUGUGGAGAAAUUAGAGUUGGCCUAACUUUCACCAUCGAGGGAGGCAGCAGUCGGGAGUGCUGCACAGAGGAAGUGAACUAUGGUGGAUGGGAAGAAUCAUCAAGAGAAGAGGAGAGCUAUGGUGGAUGGAAAGAAUCAUCAAGAGAAGAGGAGAGCUAUGGUGGAUGGAAAGAAUCAUCUUACUAGGAUCAACCUUGCCCUUUGUUGAUCCACAAUUACCUGUUGAUUUGCGGUUUGAAGUUUGCCCUCAUCCCACUUGGCUAAUGUAAACUGGCUUAUCAACCCUUCUUAAAAAAAAAAAAAAUUAAAAAAAUAUAUCAAGGACUAGUGGGCAUUGCACAUCAGCCCAGUAAGAUGAAUGUGGAAUGAUGGUGUAGUAUGUAAUCCACUCUUUACCUAAUGUUAGAAUAAACCAAGAAUAAGCAGUUUUUGAGUCAUUACAAUUCCGCUUUCAUGUCGUUGUGCCAUAAUUGGGUUGAGCCAAGUGUUUCUUCAGGUCAAAAAGCACCAAAUUUGAUGACUCAUUGAGACACUCGGCCAAACUUCCGAUAACCCCACAAAAUUUGAUUGGCA